UUUAAGGGUUAUGUAGAGAGGGGCGAAGAAUGCACCAAGCUGCGCCGCGGCGCCUGCUCGUCAGGAGCGCAGAUCUCUUCUUCUCCAGGCGCUACUGUGCUUCUCCUGCCGCUGGCGCUCUAGAAUCCAAAUCGCUCGACGAGAAUGGAUCAAAGCUCGAGCUGGAGCCGUCCAAGGUCUUACAUUUUCGCAAUCUCACGCCAUACAUAAGACGGGGUGAGCUUGAGAAACUGGUUCGUCCUUUUGGAAGCGUGACGAGUUACCGAUUGACGACAAGGACUCAGGCGCUCUUGGAGAUGAAAAAUGUGAAGCAGGCUAAGAAGGUCGUUGAUCACUUUUCCUCGGAAAAGGCACGCGUGAAGAAAGCAGAAAUCUAUGUUGGAUUCUCACGGUUUCAAGAGCUAGAAAAGGAUGUGUCCCGUCUAGCUGAUCCGAAACAAGGCCCGAGCAGCAAAGUCCUUGCAGUGACUGUUACCAAUCCAAUUUAUCCUAUCGACGUGUAUGUGCUGCACAGGGUGUUCAGCCCCCAUGGCAGCGUUGAGAAGAUAACCAUAUCCCGCAAGCUUGGUAUUUGCGGGUACAUACAAUUCGAUUCCGUAAAAACUGCUGCUCACGUCAAAGAUCUUCUCAAUGAUCGUCACAUUUUCGAUGGUUGCUGUAAGAUGGAAAUACAAUAUGCCAAGUCCCAGGAACUUGGAGUGUAUUUCAAUGAUGACAACAACAGGGACUUCAAGGACACUUCCAUUCCUUCAAGAGUACGGAGCGAUCCAUCGAUUCUGGGUGCUCCGCCCGUUGAAAGUGUACCGGCACUAACUGCAGAGGACGCGGCCGCUGGAGCACCAGCCGUUGUUCCCACGCCUUUCAUCGGCCGGCGGAAGCGGGUUGUGCGCGUGUCCAACUUGAACGUCGAGAAAGUUGAUGAGGACAAGCUCUUCAAUCUCUUUUCUCCAUAUGGAAAGAUAAGAAAGGUGCAGGUGAUAAAAGUCACCGGUCAGGGCCUGAUAGAGAUGAGCGACGCGUUUCAAGCGGAACUGGCGUCGGCCUGUCUCAAGGGUGCGCGGGUUUUCGAGAAAGAACUGGACACUGUGGUUGUAGACAAGGAGCUUAAUCUCAACCAGAGCCGGGACUACACAGACGCGCACGACAACAUUUUCUUUCCCAGCUUUGUGAGAAACUGUCGCGGUCCCUCGCCAACAAUUUACGUGUGGGGACUCCCUUCAGGUGUCACCGAUGCAGAGCUCAUCACUCACUUUUCCCCGCAUGGCGAGAUAGCUGCCACUGAGGUGUUUGCAUCCGAGGAAGGGAAGCCGCGAGCACGAGUUCGAUUUGCUACCAAAGAACAAGCAACCGAAGCUGUCGCUUGCAAGCAGUACAGCGUUGUCAAUGGCUCCACGAUCCGGCUCGCUUUUGCGAUCAAUGGGAAACCAAAGAAAACGUCUAGCAGUAACGCAGCGGAGGCUGGAGACUAGCCGAAAGAGAAAGAGAUGUCAACGUUUCUCUCUUGCCUUCGACAGAGAAGCUGCGAAUUGGAACUUUCUACGAUUAUGCAUCACUGUGAUGUCCAUUUUUGACUUCGCGCAGAUUAAAAGGUGUAUGUUUCGGCGCACAGCCAUCUGAGAGUUUGCCAUGGAGGGACAAUCAUCAAAGUAUCUGAUGGCUUGGCUUUUGAUAGUAACAA